UGAGUUUGAAUGACUUUUCUAAUAUACAUAAAAUGUCUCUGUCUGCACGUUUAAAAUGCUGCGCAGAUCAUAGUAAAAUCAAUUACCAUCGAUGUAUAUAUUUGCGAACGAUGAAGCCUACGUUUUGUUAAGUAAGUUAACAUUACCGUUACAUAUUUUUGAGCAACAAGUAACGUAAAGCUAGGCUAUUCGUUCUGUAGCUAACUCCUUAGCCAACACUUGUGAUGAUCGACCGACACUCAUUUUAAAACUUUUAAUCUUUAAAAACUGCAUCUUAGACAACUAACGUUAUGGCUAACUGAAUCAUAACAUAAUUGUUUUCACAUGUAAAAGUGCUAUUCUUAUUGACGCUGAUUUAAUGCAUUUGAUUUUGCAGGCUAACAUCCAAUGCAGUAAAAUACUGUUUUGAAUGUUGGGUAACUUAGCCACGUUCACAUUGUCCCUUAUUGUAUUUUUGUGUGGAUCCAGCUGCUCAUCUUGCCGUUUAUAGAUGUAAGAGAAAAUGGCGAACGCAAAAGAGGAGGACGAUUUGCGCAAUAUGGCCCUCAAUUUGGUGGCCAGGCUGAGAGCUACAUUGAAUAAUCCAACACCAAACAUUCAGGGACAGUGCAAUGCACAGUCAAGCUCAGCCAGGGUAUCCAGGCAGGACACAUCCCAGGAACCACAAUUGCACAAUGCGGUGCGUGGACCUGCACAGGCACCUUCAGGGACUGCAGUUCAAAAGAAUAUGGCCAGGUGUUUCCCUGGACUAUUUAAAGAUAAGCAGAAGUGUAGGCCUCCUUCGCGAUUGUCUAAAAAAAGGUCAGGCACCAAAACAACGCCAAUCCAAUUCUUUCUUCUGGACAGCCCAACUGAGAGAACCCCCAAACCAUCUGAUGAGCUAAUGCUUUUACAAGCUGGGUUAGGAAGAAGGACUGUAAAUGUUCCAGAGGAUGCUUGCCAUAAUGAUAUUACACACAUUCUUUCUGAGACGUAUCCAAAGAUGUCAGAACUGGAGGGUGCCUGGAUGCUGCACAAAGCCAUGGGAGGAUCAGGUCAAUGGAAACUCAACUUGUUGACACCUGAAGAGGAAGGAUACACAGGGGCCAGCCUUGUGAAGAGCUGGGGAGGCAAGGGCUGUCUCUACAUUAUGCCCAUCCAGAACACACUGGACAUUUCUCCCCUACCCUUCACAGCUCUGGAGUUCCAGGCCAUGCCGAAAGCCCAGUGUGUGUCAUGCCAGGAGUAUGUGCCUCUGCAGCUCCUCGGUCUCCAUGUCAAGACAUGUAUCCAGUCUAAAGUCAAGGUUGAGACCCACAGUGAUGAUGACACUAUCAACUUGGAUGACGAAGUGGCAUCUGAUGAUGUGCAGCCAUCACAUUUGGAGAGUAAGGUUGCUUGUCCAUUGUGCAGUCAACUAUUUACAAAAGACGACAUCCAUGUGCAUGCAAGUGUCUCGGGAGAGAGGAUGUUUCAAAGGGCUGAACAGUAG